GUAUUGAGCGGGAACAAAAAUGUCUUUGAGGAAGUAAUAAUACUAAUAGUAAUACGAUUUAAUUACCGGCUCCAAUGAGCUCUAAUGUAACCACUCGGCAUGCAAGUGCAAGUAAGAGUGCAAAGUUGAGAGCAGAGAAGCUGCGUGCGUACUGGAACAAGCUGUGCGACGAUGAGAGAAAGAGUCGCGCCUACAACGAGCAGCUGCUGCGGGAUUUCGACCGAGUCGAGUCCGAGCUAAACGUGCUUGCCGCGCGAACCGACCGUCUACGUCUGCUGAAGAAGCAGUAUGAGGAACAGUUGGAAUGCUUGUAUCCAAAGUGGAUAGAGAAAUUGAAGGCUUACUACGAGCAACAAACAGCUCACGACGAGCGACCGGCAGAGCCUGCGAUCCCACGCGGUAUGUUCGCGCCGCCCGCUGCCGCCUUCGGAGCGGACAUGAACAACGCGAGCCUCGCCUUCUCCACCCUGCACUCCAGCGACCUGAACACUCACUUCGAGUCCCCGCCGCCGGGUGCGUCCGCGCGCAGCCACGCCGCCUCCGUCCAUCCGCACCGCAUCUCGCCCGCUAGUCUCGACACGUCGUCGUCGUACGCGUCGGAAUCGAGAGCCACACAGACGGCCCGCGAAGCUGCUGCCACUGCGUGGGGACCGCUUGCCGCUGCUGCUGCACCGCCAUUCUCCUUCUCUCCAGCGGCAGGGACGGCGAUGCACCCACCGCCCUUCCCCUUCUCUCCUCCGGCGGCGGCGGGAGCGGGGUUUCCUCCGCCCUGCAUCGUCGUGUACCCGUACGGCGUGGCGGCGUCUGCGGGGUUCUCCCCCGACGCGCCGCCCUCCUCCCUCGAUCGCGCGCCUCCCUCCGACCCCGGACGUCCGCGCGCCGUCUCCAUCGACGAGGAGAGUCCGCCGCGGCGACGGAGGCCAGGCGGAGCGGCGGUGGCGGGGGGUCCCGUCGACAGCAGCACUCCGCUGAGGUCGCGAGAGGUCGUACGGCGACGCAGCGAGGUCGACGCAGAGCCGGGCGGACGCGCUGCAAUGACAGCAGCGGUGCGGCGGGAGAGUGCGGCAGAGACAGCGGUGCGGCGGGAGAGUGCGGCGGCGGCAGUGCGGCGAGAGAGCGCAGGGGCGGCAGCGUGGAGAGAGAGCGCAGGGGCGGCGGUUCGGAGGGAGAGCGCGGGGGCGGGGGCGGCGCGAGGGGAGAGUGCGGCAGCAGCAGCAGCCGCAGCGGUCUCCCACCUCGCGUCCGACAUGAGCCUCUCUAACAGCAACCUGACGACGGUGUCCGACGCGACCUUCACGUCGACCCCCAGCAUCACCGAGCGGCUGUCCGAAAUCCUCGGACUGAUCGUCGCCGGUGUGGCGCCCUCUGGCGGCGCUCCCGACCUCCCCACGCGCCCGUCCGAUGCACCAGACGGUAGAUUUGAUCCUCAGGAAGGGGAAUCUCGUUCGGGGAUCCGCAGAGCCGACGGGAGUGGCGGGGGCGGGUCAUCGCAGAAGCCUCCGCGUCCGCCGCUGCCGAACGCAACGGUGGCGCCACCGCGAGGCGCGGCCGAUCGCUCGCGAGAUUCCCUAGAAUCGGUCGACGACGGAAUUCGACGCAUGAUCAUGGACGAGGCAGCGAGAUGCCCCGAUCACCACGCUAAUGCGGGGCGUGACAGUGCGACGCCACCUCUCCCCUCAUUGCCGCGCGAGGAGCCGGGGAGAGGCAGUCUCCCUCUCUCCUCCACGGGGAAGUGCGCGAGUCCUGCGUCUUCUUCCGGGGCCGGUUCGCAGGAGAGCACGCCGCGACGACGUAAGACAGCGCCCCCUGGUCGGCCGCCGCCCCCCGCGCUCCUGUCUCCCACCCGCGCGUCCUCGAACAACGACCCCCGGCCUCCCCGGUCGGAGGUCGGCCUCUCCAAAGAAGCCAGUCAGCGCGCAAUCAGAGCUCAGAGUCCUCUGUCAGAAGUCAGCAUCCCCACACACAGCACAGAGCCACAGAGGAAUAAAGGAGGAGGAAGAGGAGGAGGAGGAGUGGUACAGAGGAAGCCAUCCCGUCCGCCGCCACCGCGGGGAAGCAGCGUGGGAGAGAGGAGCUCUGACGGCGACGGCGAGAGGGGUGCGCGUCCCGACGUCGCGCAGGCUGCGCAGGGCGUCGACAAGCGAGCAUCUUCCUCCGUCGGAGAACGUCCGCGGAGCGAGGAGGCGGAGGAGGGUCUGGCGGCGAGAGAGCUUCCCCUUCUCGGACGAGAGACGGAGGAACCCGUCGUAGAUGCUUCCUUCGGGGACGACGGCGUCAGUUCCGAGGACUCACGGCCUCCCGUUCCUACUCCGCGCAGGAAGAAACUGAAGCACGCGGGAUCGACGGACCUCUCUCCCAUCGUGGAUCCUCCUGCGAGAGGAGGCGAGGAAGGAAGCCAGAGCGGCAUCGUGACGCGCAGCCGAGUGAUUUCCUCUUCGUCCGAGGAAGAGAAGGUCGUCGAUAAACCGGCAGAUCACGAGUCGAAAGGCGACUCUCAAAAGGUCUUCUCGGAGCACGAGCCACGAUCGUCGCUUUCAGAUGAGCUGUACGACAGUCCGGAAAGCAUCUUGAUCGAAGAAGAGCAACAACUGGCAGCCGUCGACGAAACGAUAGAGUGGCAGGAGAAGGAAUCAACAGCGGAUGCUGAGUGGCAGGAGAAGGAAUCAACAGCGGAUGCUGAGUGGCAGGAGAAGGAAUCGGCAGCGGAGGAUGGUGAAGCCUACGUAUCGUCUUGGGACGAUUACUUUGCUUUGCUUCAGUACAUCCAGGAGGAGCUAAUGUCGACGGACCUGGACCACGGGACCGUGUACAGAGGAAGGAACCCGACCCACGCCGACGUUACAUCACUGCUCGCAUGGCUGGAUACGCGGCAGGGGGAAGCCAUCGACGUGACGCUCUCCAGCAUGGUGGCAGAAGCCAGCUUGCCUUUCCUCGUCCGCUCGCUAGAGGGCCGCUGUCUUCUCCCCGAGAGAAUGUUCGAAGCCGACAUCGAACUAUUCACGGAACUCGACGUGAGGGCGUACGUGGACGCGGCGGACCUCGGCGUCUGGGACCGCCUCUACUCGCACUUCCUGCAGCUGCUCAAGUGUGGAGCGAUGGAGCCGCAUGAGAUAGCCUGCGUGUUCGCCGGGAGCCUGAUCGACGAGGACUCGCCGAGCGCAGACAAGGCAUCAACAUAUUCUGCAAUGUCAUCUCCGAUCGUCAUUCGUCGUCGGCUGUGCCAUGAGCCCCACCUGUUCUCGAUUGCUCCUCGUUCUGUCUUGAUCGUGAACGGCGUAUACGUCCUGCCCAGCAUGCUCUGGAUAGCGCACGAGGUUUCUGAAUAUCACAGCGGCCCGGUGCAGGUGAAUGGUCAGCCGCCCACAGCAGAGGUGCCGAACAGUGCCAAUGAAGAGCAAGAUGGUGAAGAAGAGGAUGAGGAGGAGGAGGAGGAGGAGGAUGAUGAGAGCAGGGAGGACAGCUUUUUCGACAGUAGCCCCCCGCUCGUUGACAACACUCCGCUGAGCAAAACUCUUGCCUAUCAGAGCAUGCUGGGAGGACGUGAUAGCCGUUCACGAUCAAAGACGAGUGAGAAUGAGAACAGUGGGGUCGAUGGCGACGCCGACGACGAUGACGAUGGAGAUGACAUUGAGAAUAUGUUGAUGCCUACAAUGCUGAGCCCAGAGUCGGUGAGUGUGUCCAGGACGCCGGUACCUGCAGCUGCUGAGGCUUCUCUGGGCGUAGGUGCUGACCGUGAUGGUUACCAUGGAAACGUUUCCCCUGCCAAAGCAGAAUAUUCGCGAUCCGCUCGUGAAAUGCCGAGUGAAGCUACUAGAGUUACAGCUGCAGCUGGUAAACCGAAGAAGCAUAGUUUCCUUCACCUGGAUUCUGACUCUGAUGUAGAAUUUCCAGAAAAGCAAAUUACAAGAGAGGAAGAGGGCGAUUUCGACUUUUUUGAUCAAUAGUCGUCUUUUCUUUUUUUUUCUUUUUUCAAUCGUUAUGUGGUGUUAUUUGUUCAAUUUUCAGAUAUACCAUUCAUAAAUGCCACUUUGAUGCUUAUCGGCAUGUUUGGAGAUAAUGAGCACAUGUUUCUCAUUACAUAUAAGAAUCACACGAGGUGGAAAUAAACAACCUUACAUUUAUUAAUAUAUUCUAAAAAAUGCUGACAGGUUAAGUAUUGACAGAAUCUGUAUAUAUAAUAUGUAAAUUAUGACGUAUUUAUUUGCCACCUAGAGCACAUUGUAACACCAUUAUUUUUGUUAUCUUGAACUUUUACAUGACUAAUAGUAUUACUGCUUAAUUUAUUGUGAUGUUACCUGGAAAAUGAAUUUAUUUUUCACAUUUUUAGUAGUAAUAAAGGCAUUGGAAAAUAUAAUUAUGCUUGUGCUGUUAAAUGUUAUGAAUACAA